AUGCGCCAGUGCUGCGAUUGUCUGAACAAGGUCCUCAGUGCUGGAAUCAACGAGAACGUGCGCACUCUGUCCUACUAAAAGUUAGAUGUGAAGGUUAUUCCCAAGGCCGAAAUGGUCGGAACGAUCAGUCAGGCUGAGCGCUGCCGUCGACAACAAUUGGUUGAGGAGAACAAACACUGCCUAACCAUACUAAAGAGGCCAAAACUGGUUCCUGGCAUGAGUCCACAGGAUGUAAUCAAUGCCGAACAAGAAGCUUACUUGGCCUGGCGCCGUGAACUUGCUCGCGUUGAACACAUCGAGGGAAUCGUGGUCACUCCAUAUGAAAAGAACCUGGAUAUUUGGAGGCAGUUGUGGCAAGUUGUAGAGCGAAGUGACGUGUUGGUCCAAGUUGUAGACGCGAGGCAACCCUUGCUCUUCUUGUCGGAAUCCCUCACGAAGUAUGUCGAAGAAGUGGAUCCCCGAAAGCGGACUCUGGUGCUAUUAAACAAGGCGGAUCUACUAACCGACGAGCAGAGGGCUGCAUGGGAGCAAUACCUCAAAUCCAUUGGCGCUCAGGGCCUUUUCUUUUCUGCCCUGGAUCAGAGUGAGCAUUUGAAACACGAUACAACCUCCCCGCUGACCUCCCCACCAAAGACUCAGGCUGAACCCGAGCAGACUGCUAGCGAGCGACAAGAAAUGGACCAUGUUCCAACCGGCAGAGGUGACUGCGCAACAGACGGCCAGAAGUCUGUCGAAGACAUGUGCCGGGACUUUGAUGGGCAACUUGAGAAUGAAACCGACAGUGAGAGUGGCCACUGUACGCUACGUGGUGAGGAUUCAGAGCAAACAGACGUUUCAGAGACGGAAGAGGAGGAUGAAUCUGUCGACGGUUCUCCGAGACUGUAA